CAGUAUAGACGGACGUGACCCGUGCCUUCUCCUGGAGCAGAUAGGGUGAGCAGCUGAAACGAGUAACAUCCAGCCUGAAUUGGCAGAGGAGAUUCAGCUGGGAGACAAUUUGCAGCCAGGAAAGGCAGAGGACUGCUGGAGACUGCCGGAUCAGGCUCCCUUAACCGGGCAGCCUCCACUGCUGCUGAAAUCUCUCCCGGAGCGGCCAGCUCAGCCACGGAGACUGCACCAUCUUGAGUGGCUGAUAUCGGGAGCUUAUACAUCCAGAGACCCUGCAACCACGGCACCCAGGGACUAGCUACAAACCCAGGAACACCGGAUCUCAAGCAGUGCGAAUACGAGGACUCAGACAAGCCCUGCUCCUCCUCCUGGAAAGAUUCUUUCUUUUCAGACCCACUAUGGAAUAAAGCGAUACCCCUUCUCAAUUGCCCAUCCUGCUCUUUUGGAGGUUUUGAAGAUUACCAGCUUCCAACAGCUACAAGAAAGAGACAGAGUAUAAGAGUCUCUAUUCCAAAGCAUCCCAUAAGUGUGAAAGGAAGUUCUACAAGGAGUAUGGCCUGCAGUGACCCAGGGGAACUGUGGAUUGGUAACAUCUGAACAUACCAAACCAAACAGAUAAACUCUUGCACCACCACUACUACCACACUGUAUCACAAAGAAAUGCCACACUACGUGGAUUCCAAGCAGGCUAAAAAGAAAAAGAGUUGACUAGAUCUCAGACCCACUAAACGGGAUGACGGCCACAGCUGCAGUGGAGACACCAAAAAUGAAGAAGAGUGCCUCCAAAGAAGAGAAGCAGCAACCUAACCAAGACAGCACAGAACAGGGCAAUGCUGAUUCUGAAGAGUGUAUGAGCUCUGAGAGUGACCCUGAACAGAUGAGCCUUAAGAGCUGCAACAGCAGUGACAAUAGCUGCCAACCUGGAGUUGUUCAGUUGAAGAAAAAGGAGAUUCCCUCCAAGCCACACCGCCAGCUCUGUAGAUCACCCUGCCUAGAUCGUCCAAGCUUCUCCCAGAGCAGCAUUCUACAGGAUGGGAAGGUUGACUUGGAAAAAGAAUACCAAGCCAAGGUGGAUUUUGCUCUAAAGCUGGGCUAUGCAGAGGAACAGAUUCAAUCAGUGCUGAACAAGCUGGGCCCAGAAUCACUUAUCAAUGAUGUAUUGGCAGAGCUUGUCAGACUUGGGAACAAAGGUGAUUCAGAAGGGCAGGUCAACUUGAGUCUGUUAGUGCCUCGGGGGCCCAGCUCCAGAGAGAUUGCAAGCCCUGAACUGUCUCUUGAAGAUGAAAUAGACAGCAGUGACAAUUUGAGGCCAGUUGUCAUUGAUGGAAGUAAUGUGGCAAUGAGCCAUGGGAAUAAAGAAGAGUUCUCUUGCAGAGGAAUACAACUAGCUGUGGAUUGGUUUCUAGAUAAAGGCCAUAAAGAUAUUACUGUAUUUGUGCCCGCGUGGAGAAAGGAGCAAUCCCGACCUGAUGCACUAAUUACAGAUCAAGAUAUCCUACGAAAACUAGAGAAGGAGAAGAUUCUUGUGUUCACACCAUCCCGAAGGGUCCAAGGCAGGAGAGUUGUCUGCUAUGAUGACCGGUUCAUAGUCAAACUGGCUUUUGAUUCUGAUGGCAUCAUUGUAUCCAAUGAUAACUAUCGAGACCUUCAAAUCGAAAAGCCAGAAUGGAAGAAGUUUAUAGAAGAGCGAUUGCUGAUGUAUUCUUUUGUGAAUGACAAAUUUAUGCCUCCAGAUGAUCCUUUAGGACGCCAUGGUCCAAGCCUUGAAAAUUUCUUAAGAAAGAGACCUGUUGUUCCUGAACACAAGAAGCAACCAUGCCCUUAUGGCAAAAAAUGCACCUACGGCCACAAGUGCAAAUACUACCAUCCGGAGCGGGCCAACCAACCCCAGCGUUCGGUGGCUGAUGAGCUCCGCAUCAGUGCCAAACUAUCCACAGUGAAAACUAUGAGUGAAGGCACCCUGGCCAAAUGUGGCACAGGGUUGUCUAAUGCCAAAAGUGAGAUAACCUCAGAAGUCAAGCGUGUGGCUCCUAAGCGCCAAUCAGAUCCCAGCAUUCGGUCGGUGGCUGUGGAACCUGAGGAAUGGCUGUCCAUUUCCCGUAAGCCGGAGGCCAGUUCUGUACCUUCACUUGUGACCGCACUAAGUGUCCCCACAAUCCCACCCCCCAAAAGCCAUGCAGUGGGUGCACUCAACACCCGUUCGGCCAGUAGCCCAGUGCCAGGAUCCUCUCAUUUCCCCCACCAGAAGUCCUCAUUGGAGCACAUGGCCAGCAUGCAGUAUCCCCCCAUCCUGGUUACCAACAGCCAUGGGACCCCUAUUAGUUAUGCCGAGCAAUACCCAAAGUUUGAGUCCUUGGGGGACCAUGGCUACUAUUCAAUGUUAGGUGACUUCUCCAAAAUGAACAUCAACAGCAUGCAUAAUCGAGAGUACUACAUGGCUGAAGCAGACUCGGGGGUGUAUGCCAGGAAUCCCAACCUCUGUCCAGACAGCCGUAUGAGCCAUACCAGGAAUGACAACUAUUCCUCUUACAACAACCUGUACUUGGCUGUAGCUGAUGCCCAUCCUGAAGGCAGUUUGAAGCUGCACCGCUCAGCAUCUCAAAACCGUCUUCAGCCUUUUCCUCAUGGUUACCAUGAAGCCUUAAUGCGAGCGCAGAGCUAUGGCCCAGAGGAUUCUAAGCAAGCCCCCCACAAGCAGUCAGUCCCCCACUUAGUUCUGCAUGCCCAGCACCCAGCAACUGGAGCACGCUUCAGCUGUCCUGGAGACUACCCCAUGCCUCACAAUAUCCAUCCUGGGGCAACUUCCCAGCCAGGACGUGCCCUGGUGAUGACUCGGAUGGACAGCAUUUCUGACUCCCGCCUCUAUGAGAGCAACCCCAUGAGGCAAAGACGGCCUCCUCUGUGCCGGGAACAACAUGCUAGCUGGGACCCACUGCCUUGUACAACUGACUCCUAUGGCUACCAUUCCUAUCCCUUGAGUAACAACCUCAUGCAACCAUGCUAUGAACCAGUGAUGGUACGGAGCGUACCUGAAAAGAUGGAGCAGCUUUGGAGGAAUCCUUGGGUCGGAAUGUGCAGUGAUUCCAGGGAGCAUAUGAUCCCAGAGCACCAGUAUCAGACCUACAAGAACCUCUGCAAUAUUUUCCCUUCCAACAUCGUCCUUGCAGUGAUGGAGAAGAAUCCUCACACAGCAGAUGCCCAGCAGCUGGCAGCCUUGAUUGUUUCUAAGCUUAGGGCUGCACGUUGACAUGACAUAGUAUCUAUUCCUUCAUACAAAUAUGAAUAUUAAUACUAAUAAUGCACUAAUACUAUGAUAAUAGUAACUAAUAAUUGUGUGUUGCGCUUUAAAAGUUACAGACUGUUAACGUCAUUGAAGCACAUAACAACCCUGUGAGGUAAGUUUUACUAAUGUGUUGUUUGCUAGACAAGGAAACUGAAGCUCAUUGAGAUUAAAUUAUUUGCUAAGGUCACACUGCUAGCAAAUUACCAAGUCAGGACUCACACCCAAGUCCUCUGAUUCCAAGUCUCAUACCCUUUUGCACUGCAUCAUGCAGGUAAUGAAGGACAAAACCUAGGGGGAGAGGCCCAAGUAUAAGAAACCCCAAGAGAUUCCAUUAUGUUGUCAUAGUUACACAUUUUAUAUUACAAAGUAUUGAUGAUAUAUCUAAUUUAGAGAACAUCAAGAUCAGGUCAUAUGUUGAAUUAACCUUUUAGAAUUUUUAAUAGGAAUAUUUAAAGCUAUUUAAAAACAAAUGCAUACUUUAUUGCAUGGAUAUCUGACCAUUUAAUAUCUUUAUUAACCAAGCUAUAGAGUCACAUCAAAGCUUCUAGAGCUAUAUUUCAAAUCUACUGCUAGGAAUUAUAUUGCAUGUAUGACUGUAUGCAUUUAGUUUGAAAUGUGUGUGUAUCUCUGUAUAACUUUUUAUAUAGUGGUAAGAUAGGCUCUGCACAGUCCUUAGUCUACAGCUAAACAGAUCACAAAUCUGAGUUGAUAAAUUUAUGUCACAUUUCAUAGUUUCAACUCACUUUUAAAGUGAAAUUACAUGCUAAUAUUUGAACACUGCUUUCUUAGGCAACAGAGCAAACUAUUUCCUUUGCACUUUUUUACUUAUCAACAUUUAUUAAGAGUUGUUAGCUUUUAAAUCUCUUCACCUCAGCAAUUUAGGGAUCAGAUUGCUGCCAUCUUCUGCAGAAUAGCUGAUUGAUAAGCUCAAGUUUCAAGCAUAGUAAGUGUGUGCUAGACAAGCACAAAAGAGUUUGACCAGGGCCAAGGAAUUUACUACCAGAAAGAUGGCCAAACUCAUGUGGCAUUAAAUGAUGAACACAAAAGCUGCACUCAAGAAGGGUCUAAUGGAUGAGCUUUGGACUUCUGAUCUAUGCAGUAUUCAACAUCACAGAAUAAAAUGUAAUGGAGGACAGUGCACAGCCAUGUAAUCCACUUUCUCCUACUGUCCACUCUUUGGGCAAUGAAGUUGAACAUUGGUGGAGCAGAAUUUCUUUAAGAAACACAACCAGGGGAUUUUCUAGAUAGAAAAAGUAGCUUCCAAAAGGGAUGCUACAUCUUUUGUAAUUUCUGGCUCAGUUAUGCACUUCAAAUACAUGCCAAGAGAGCAAACUUGCCCUUAGAUAAUUCUUAGAUGCAUUACUAAAGAAGGCAGGACUUUGGGUUGAGUGGCAUCAUUUGCACAACUUGUUAUCUUGCUCAGGGUGGGAACCUUUAUAGCUAAAUGCCUCUAGAAGAGGCAUUUUUAGUUUUUCUUUUUUUAAAGCUGCACUAAAUGAACCCCCUUUUUGAAUCUAUUGUAUAGUUCAGCAUUUUGAACCAUGACUAGCUCACUAUUUCAUGAGCUGGAUCUUAAUAAUUUCUAUGGUCGUUUUUUCAUAAAAGUUAAGAAGGCCUGGCCUUGGCCUUUUGUUUCUUCAUGAGAAGGUGUGACACUGCCUAUAAAUGUUUCUUACUCUGAAACACUCCGAAUGUGAGGCUGUAGUCAGGGUUGUUUCUGGUGGUUUGAUAAUGGCUUGCAUGCUCUUUAUUGGCUCUCCAUAACUGUCCUAGUUGAUAAAAAAUGUAUAAACCAAUGUUUCCCUUCUGUUAACCAUAGCUUCACAUUCAUGUCCUACCCUCUGAUUUUUCCAUUCCCCAGCAUAUUGAGGUGUAAAAGUAUUUUCUGCCAUGUAGGUCCAUAGAGAGUAACAGCUGCCACUGAAGUGCUUCCUAUUUCACACAACCACCAUUUCAUACUUUCAACUUCUUGCAUCUUCUAAAUCUGUCCUGUCUAAAUCAGGGUAUUUGACAAUUUUAGAGGACUCUAUUGUCUUUGUGCCGGUUAAUUCAUCUUCCUACCAAAAUCAUCAAUGGCACCACAGUGUCCACUACCUGCACAAUUUACCAGGAAGCACAAGAUUAAUCUUGUCAGCUGCAAUUCAUCUUGAACAUGUUCAUGUUUAGUAAUAAAAAAAAGUAUAAGCUCCUCCCAAUGCAGGAAAUAUUUUUAAGGCAGAAUAUGUAUUUAUUUCCUAAAAACAAUUGUCAUUCUCUUCUCAUAAAAUGUGUAUGAACCAAAGCUGCUAGGAGCAAUGCCUAAAAUAACCAGAAAUGACCUUUUGUUGAUACAAAUUGUAUCUCUCUUUUUCCUGAUUGUAUAGUAACAAAUGUACAAAACUCAUCUUAAACUAGGUUUGGUACUGACUUUCACCAUGAUGUUUGUGGCACUGUGUGUCACAGGGAAGUAGCCCAGGAGACAUGAGAGAGCUUUUAUUUCCAAAGGGCAGUAGUAGUUCAUAGACAAAGACAGUUUUUCAAGGCCUCUUUAUUACUAUGUGCACAUUGUAUAUACAGUUUCAAGCAUUAUAUUGCAAUAAAUUCUCCUUAGCCUAUUAAAUUUAAUAUGUCCUUGCAAAAGGAAUUUUGUAUACCAAGUGUCAGUAUUAGUGAAUCAUUUGCAAGAAUUGGUAAGUAGAGCUAUACAAUUAUGAAUGCAUAAAUCCAGCUUGUUUCUUAGUGAAGUUAUUAGAGAAACAUUUUCUUUACAUUGAGGCCUACACACUUCUUGACUUUUCCAUUGUGUCUGUAAUUAUAAAACAGCAAAUACAAAGAAGCAUUGGAACCCCCUUGGCUUCCUUGAUAAUGAAAUCAAGCUUCCUUCAUGGACCUAAGUGGGUGUCCUUCAAGAUAUUUACCUCAAAGCACUCAGCAGGGGUUACUGCACAGUGUUUUGUGUGGUUUUCAAGCAGUAGUACAUUUUGCAAGAGGUGCUUUGCAAUUUUAAUUCUUCCUCUGAGUUUCUGAACUCAUGGAAAGUCUACGCUUGUUCAGACCUUAGAUUUUGUAGAUUUUGUUGUUGUUGUUAUGUUUUAUUUCAACCUGAGGAAGUGUGACUCUGGAGUGGCAUGUUCAAUCCAGGGAACCUUUUCAAAGGUAGCAUAUAGCCACUACACCCUCUCUUAAGGUGCAAGGUAUGGAAGGGAGAAUGACAGAUGCCUUAUGGAAAUGGCCUACAAACUUUUCUUCUAAGUAAUUAUUUCUGUCCCUCUCUCCCUCUCUCUGCUAGUUUCCAGGAGAAUACUUCUAAAUCCCACUUUUUCUAUUUUAGAAUAAAUUGUCUUUAUACAAUAUUCAAACAUCGAUACCCAUUAACCUUUGACACUGGGUUUUCUUCUAAUAUAAAAAAAUUAAUUUGAGAUACCAUUCUAUUUAUGCUAUACAAAUGCCCCUUUUGAGGGCCAAUUUCUUUCUUUCUUUCUUCUCUUUCCUUCCUCCCUCCCUUCCUUCCUC